GACCCACUGCGCCUUACUUGAAAAUAAAAUUUGAUGCAAUGAUUCACAUAUGAUAUGGUGGUUUUAAUCGUGGAUGUACUGUAUUUCCUCUUUGAUUGAGGUUGGACUUGUUUAAUCUCCGGGGAGCGCAAGGGGGAGGGAUAUAAAAAGGCGUUUACGGGUACGAGGAUCUGGGUGAGAGAAUCAUCGAUAUAGAUCUAAACAGACUUCUGCCUUUCAUUUUGGUGCGUUUUGUAUUUUGUUGGACACUCGUCGAGCGUCUAAACGCGAAAACCUGACACCCAUGGGGCCGCACAGGAUGAUCCGGAGACUCUUUUAAUAGAAUAAAGUUAACUGUUCCACCGACGCGCUGGCCAUUGUGAUGAAGGAUCGGCUGGUUGAGCUGACUGCUAGAGGAGUGUCGGCAGAGGAAGAUGUUGCAGUCCCAGUGGAGCGAGAUGGUUUCAUGGAGGGCUUCUUCAGGAGGGUGGAGGAGGUUCGAGGACUCAUUGAUAGGAUAUUCGACCAAGUGGAAGACGUGAAGAAGAUACACAGCAUGAUUCUGUCCGCACCCCACCCAGAUGACAAAACAAAGGACCGUCUUAAUGCGCUGACCGAUGAUAUCAAAGGGAAUGCCAAUGUGGUGCGAACAAAACUAAAAUCCAUGGAGCAAGGCAUGCCUAAAGAUGACGUGACUAACAGAUCAUCUGUUGACUUCAGGAUCCAGAAAACACAGCACACGGUGCUGUCCAGGAAGUUUGUGGAGGUAAUGACCCAGUACAAUGAGACACAAGUUUCCUUUAGGGAGCGAAGCAAAGGACGGAUCCAAAGACAGUUGGAGAUAACUGGAAGAGUGACCACCAAUGAAGAACUGGAAGACAUGCUAGAGAGUGGAAUUCCAUCCAUCUUUACAUCGGAUAUCAUCUCGGACUCUAAGAUCACACGUCAGGCUUUGGAUGAGAUAGAGUCCCGACAUCAGGACAUCAUACGACUGGAGUCCAGCAUAAGAGAGCUACAUGUGAUGUUCAUGGACAUGGCUAUGCUCGUUGAAACUCAGGGUGAAAUGGUCAAUAACAUUGAGAACAAUGUUUCCAAUGCAGCUGAAUACAUUUGUCAGGCUAAAGAAGAAACCAAAAAAGCAGUAAGAUACCAGAAAAAAUCCAGGCGGAAAUAUAUAAUCCUCGCUUUGGCUCUCCUGAUCCUGCUUGCUGUCAUUGCUUUGAUUGUUGGCUUAUCUGUCGGACUAACCAAACCUCCUGCCUGAGACUGAUAACAGCAGGAGGAAGCUGUUGUGCCUUGCUCUGUGUGGAGUUGCGGUGUCCUCAUUUUACUCAUUGCACUAGUUGGUGCCUUCGGGUGAAGGAUUACACGGGUCACAGUCUCACAGUAAUCUCUUGUUCCUGUAGUGAUAGAGCUUACAACAGCACCAUCUCAUUCACCACAUAACAGCAUUACAGGACGAAACACAAUCAAGUAUGCUAAGUUGUCUUCUGUUCUUCUUUGCACCAGUGACAACAUACCUCGUGACGCACAAAACUGUACAUGGGGAAUAGGUCUUUAAAACACAUCACUAUCCACAACAUUCGGUACAACUGCACUAUCUAGUGAUGCCAAUUGUAACCUGAUAACAUGAUAAGCUGUCCACUGUAGUAACCGCUGUCCCUGAAAGGGUUAAAAUGGUUGUCUGACAUUGACCGACAGGUAUUCAUUUACUGUACAUCUCUUCUAAUGGAUCCGAUCAUGCAAAUGUGCCUAAUGUUGUGGCUCUUCAGUGUACAGUUGCUCUCUGUGAUACAAUAACUACUGACAGCCUAUCAGAUAUUGUGGAACAAAGGAUAUACAUACCACUGUGAUAUAAGAGAGUCAUUUUAAAAUCCUUAUGUUAGACAUUUCUUAUUUUGUGCUAAUAUUGUAGUUUAGAGCUGUGGAACACGGCCUCGACCCCAACACCCACCUAAUGUAGCAUGAAGACAAAAAGAAAACAACGUCACAUUUGUAACACUGAGAUUUUUGUGCCAGAUUGCUAUUUAGCUGAUGUAAUGUCCUGCUUACUCCUUGCCACUGUGAGAUGAACAGGAAACCAAUUCUGUAGGCUAAAUGUUUCAUAUGCUCACUUGAUCUUUCUGAAUAUGAAUUAUUUACUUGAAGUCAUGUAAAUGGAAUGUAAGUGCUGUAUCUCAGGAUGUUGUUUGCAACACAUUUUGAACACAACUAAAGUAGGCUUGGUGUCAUUUUUUCCACUUGAUUGAGCAUUUCUCAUCUUGACUAAAGUAGCAUAUUUUAAGAGUUGACUUAGAUUUAACUUCAACAACCAAACCAAAAUUUUUACAUCUUUAUCCCGAAUAAAACAAAAUUGCAUUGUGAUCGUGAUGUUGGAAAUAUGCCUUUGAAAAUCUCUUUUGACGUAAUUUUAUGGAAGCAUUUUACCCACUGUGCUAAAACAACCAUUUGUAUUCAUGAUGGUUGACUUCAACAAUAAAGCCUAAAUUGUGCCUUCUCUAUCCACAGCUAAAGAGGUUUUUGACAUUGUGACUGUGAUGUUGGAAAUUAUACCUGUGAAAAUGUUUUUGAUGUCAUUUUAGGGCCACAUUUUCCUCAUGAUCGUAAAACAUAAUCAUUUGUAUUAUUUGAACGUGAUAAAUUACAUUUUAUAUCAAAGUUGUGUGAAAUAUAUAAUAUAUAAAUAAAAUACAUUCUUAAAGAUA